AAACAGCGUAUUAAUUAUGUUUCUUUUUCAAAACUAAUUUUUUUAUAAUUUUUCAUAGCAUUCAUACAAGAGUGCGAUUUAAGAUCGCAAUUAAAAACUGUGAAUAAUGCAAGAAUUAUUCGAUAUCGAGACUCAAACAUGCAAUAUGUUUGUAAGCAAUUUUAAUCGCGUUUAAACCAUUCUAAAUAUCUAAAGUACUGAUAUCUAGAGUAUGUCAAAGAGUAACUCCACAUUUGAUGUAUUUUUAUGCGACUUGCGGAAAGGCAAAGUGCAAGCGUAACUCGGGCGUAACGAAGAGAUGAACUCUAUACGUAAUUGGCACGCUCGAAUCGCCGAGAUUCACGUACGUACGACGUGUUUUCAAUGACUGUGACAAAGAGCGGUUCGCUAGUGGCAAGUCGAAAUGGAAGGGGCGAUGGAUUUGUUGGCUGGCCGGUCAGUGUACUCUUAGCGAUGGCUGCAUCAAGUACCAACGGCGUCAUCGAUCUAUUGGAGAAGCUUCUGAAGGUCCUCAAAGAGGAACAUGUAUUCGAUCGAUCUGACGAUCAACCUGUCGUACGAUUCCGUUAUCCCGCAUAUUUACAGAGACCAUUUCCGAUACCUGAAGGAGAAACGAUUGGAUAAUUGAGGGAGAAAGUACGGAAAAAGCAGGGAAAGUUUCGGACAAAGCGAUGAGCAAAAGGCGCUAAAAUUCUCAAUUACAUUAACUCGAUUCCGGUCGUCCCUGCAUCACGCUGGAGGAAGGGAUUAGUUAGAGAACCGCUAUUGGAUUAGCGAAUCAGUCGACUCAUCCGGUUUACCGUGCCGAAUCGUCCUAGCCAAGUGUCUUUAGUCGUUUUCGCAUCGUUCAAAUUCUAUAAGUGAUAUUGUAAUGUAGAAAUACACACGCCACAAUGGUAGGGCUGAUUAUUUAUUCUUUAAACGUAGUUACACAUCAAUUUAGCACGCAUGAUUAAAAAUGUAAAGAGAAAAUUUGUUUUUGUAGAAAGAAAAUUAUAAUAGAAUAGGCAAAGAACGAUUAGUAUUGUUAGCAGUUGCCUUUUGUGAAACGUAAUAAUGAUUUUAACAAUAUUAAAUUAACCUAUAGUGACUUGGACUAUAAAUUGUCAUGUUCUGUGACAAAACAUGUGACAUUUCUCAAACAGUAUAAAAAGAAAAGGAAAUACACUUUAGAUUAUUGUUACGAAUUGCUUGUUCCUUUUAUCGGUGAUCACAAUGACUUAUUUUUUAAAUAAAUUUAUAACUUGCAUGUUUAUGUGGAAUCAAUUUUUCUUACGCAUCCACUCUUCUGUCCAUAAUACUAAAAAAUUCUACAGUUCUAAUGAAUAUGUUGCGAUUAACGUUGUUACGCAGGGAUGCAGCUCACCGUGCGAUCCGACGGCAAAUACUAUGGCAGUAGAACGAACGUAUUUCUACAAUUUAUAUUAAAGGCAAAUAUAUCCUUGCAUUUUAAAGUUAUCACGUUGCUCGUAUGUAUAAUUGAUUACUUGAUUAAGUUAAAAAUUUAAUUAAAAUCAUGCUUGAUAAUUUUAUUUUACAAGAGUAUAUUCUAGAAAUACUUUAUUUUUCAUUCAAUAAGCAACUAACGAAAUGAUGAUACGUAUAAUGUGAUUUUAAUAAUAAGUUUAUAUAAUUUUAAAAUAUAAAUGUCACGUGUCAGUGAGAAAAUUUUGCCACACAAUUGUAAAUAUAUUUUUCGUCGAUUAACAGAAAUAAAAUUAUUCAAA